AUGGCAUACUUCAUAGGAAUGGAAGUACAGCAGUGUGAAGAUGGUGUUUUUAUACAUCAGAAGAAGUUUGCAGAUGACUUAUUAAUCAAGUUUUGUAUGGAGAACUGUAAACCAGUUUAUACUCCAUUUGUUAUCGGGGAAAAACUGAUAUCAAAUGAUGGAAUAGCUCAAGUCAAUGGAAGUGUUUACAUGAGCUUAAUUGGGAGUCUGUUGUAUUUGUGUGCAACCAGGCCAGAUAUUGUCUUCUCAGUUAAUUACUUAUCUAGAUUCAUGCAAACUCCAACCGAAAAUCACCUCAAGGGAGCCAAGCGAGUACUUCGUUACAUCAAGGGAACAACUGACUAUGGGAUAUUCUAUGGGAGAGCUGAACUAGUAAAAUUUCUUGGUUUUUCAGAUAGUGACUGGGCUGGAAGUGAUGAACAAAUGAAGAGCUUGUCAGGGAAUUGUUUUACAGUGGGAACUGGAUUGAUUACAUGGAGUUUAAAGAAGCAGGGACCAGUAGCACAAUCGACAGCUGAAGCUGAGUACAUAGGAGUCUCAGAGGCAGUUAAGCAAGCUAUUUGGUUGAGGAAACUGAUGAAAGAAUUGGUUCUUGAUAUAUCUGAAGCCACUGUAAUCUUAUGUGAUAAUUGUGCAGCUAUCUCCAUUGCAAAGAAUCCCAUGUUGCACAGUAGAACCAAACAUAUAAAGGUCAAGUAUCAUGCAGUCCGUUACUAUGAAGAGAAGAAAGAAGUUAAAAUGGUUUAUUGA